AUGAAUGAACGGAACUCGAGUCAAAGAGGCAGCAGCAGUGAAGCUCUGUCGUCAGAGGCGGCGGGCGGAAUUCCGACCGGUUUGAAUCGGAUUAAGACUCGGCGAGUCUCGUCCAGGGAGAAACUCAGUUCGAAACAUGACGAAUCGUUCGAGUACAAGGCUCGUGAACCUCCCCGGCCGCCGCCUCCGUUCCGUGGGAAAAUCAAGCAGCAGAAGUCGCUGGCUCGCGGACAGGGAGCCGGCAGCAGCCCUUCCUCGAGAGCAGGUGAACAGCACAAAGGAAAGAAGAUCGCUCGAUGGUUCUCAUCAUAUUUUUCAAGGGAUGCUGGUCAUCUUAUUGGCUCCCCUAUGGAGAGUGGCGCUGAAGCUGGAACUCUUGAGAAAGAUGAACCAACGGGAACCAGAUUCUCAAAUGCAGGAAAUCAUCAAAGUCAGGAACAAUACUCUACUGAGAGUCAAGUCCAAAGUCGUAGUAAGGGGACAAAAGUCUUGAAAAGCUUUUCUCAUGAAAUAGGACUGCAGAGCAGUAUUACAGCUCCCCCUCCUCGGGCUCAGAGUUUUACCGAUUUGAAGGAGCUACUGGGAUCUUUCCACUCAAGAUUUGAUGCAGCCGAAGAAUUGGCUAAAGUAGAACUAGCUACUUUUACCACAGAUGUCACGGAUAUACUUAAUAAUAUUGACUCCUCAUCGCAACAAGAGUUUAACAUGGCACAAGAUCUUCUUAGUGUUGCUCAACUGUGCAUGGAAAUGACUAGUCCUCAGUUUCGUGCAAAGUGUGAAGAAAUUGUUCAAGAUCUAACUGAGAAGAGGAAAAAUUGUCAAACAGGACUUCUCAAGUGGCUAUUUACUCGCAUACUCUUUAUCUUGACCCGGUGCACUAGAGUACUGCAGUUUCAGAAAGAGAGCGAACCAAUUGAUGAAAUGACACUCAAUAAGUUGAAGAAGUGUCUAGAAAGGAUUCCAUCUGUGGAAUUGAGCUGGCCAGCUAAUUAUGGGAUUGCUGAUUCUGGUUCGGUUGCUGCUCCUCCGAGUAAGAAGGGUAAAAUAAAACCAAAACUGGAAGGACAAGAUAAUUUGUCUUCUCUACCCGAGGCAACAUGUUAUGGCUCUGCACAGAACGAUGCAAUUUUAGGAAAGGUUUCCUUGGAUCUUGAACAAAGGUUGACUUCUCAAGAACCUAGAGCUGAUGCUCUCUCACAAGUGCAGCAGUCAAGUCAAGCUGGUAGUGAUUCCAGUUGUCUACUAUUGGAGCAGGGACCUAAUUCAGAUGAGUUGCUUCGUAGCCAAGAAGAGCAUGUUGUAGAUGGAUCCGAUACAGUAAUCUGCAGGAUAUGUGAAGAACUUGUUCCAAUUGCUCAUUUGGAAUCCCACUCUUAUAUAUGUGCUUAUGCAGACAAGUGUGACGUAAGUUGCCUAGAUUUGGAUGAACGCCUAUCAAAUCUGGCUGAUGUACUUGAGCAGAUUGUUGAUUCGCGAAAUAUGAACUCUCACCCUUCAUAUGGUAGUCCUUCAAGCAACUCUGUCACAACUGAAGGUUGCUCUCCUAAGGUUAGUGAAUGGAGAAACAAAGGUGUGGAAGGAAUGUUUGAAGACAUACAUGAGAUGGAUACUGCUAGCAUAGAUGAGCCCAAUUUAUCAUUAUUUAACUUAAAGACCCAUUUGGGUAUAAAACUAAGCCACCAUGGAACACCAUCUUCAACUGGGAGUGUAGCCUCAGUUUCCUCCACAAAUUCCCCUAUGGCUGGUCACUUUGAUUCCUUCUGGUUAGAACAUAACAAUCCAUCUGAGCUAGAGGAUGCUCAACAGAUGGCUGAUCUUGCAGACAUAGCCCGUUGUGUUGCUAGUACAGAUGUAACAAAGGAUCCUUCCUGUGAGUUUCUACUGGCAUGUUUGCACGAUUUGCAGAGUGUUCUGCAGCGUAGUAAACUCAAAGCUCUAGUAAUAGACACUUUUGGGGGACGGAUAGAGAAGCUUCUAAGGGAGAAGUAUUUAGUUGCUUGUGACCUGUUGGAUACAAAAAGUCCAGGUGGUGCCAAACUUAAAGAAAAUUCUAGAUUUCUGCUGGAUAAUACGCCUCAAAGUAGUGCAGGAUCAACUCCUCUACAUUCAGCACAUAGAGAUCGGACAAGCAUUGACGAUUUUGAGAUUAUAAAACCAAUAAGCAGAGGUGCCUUUGGGAAAGUAUUUCUUGCACGCAAAAGAACAACAGGAGACUUGUUUGCAGUCAAGGUGCUCAAGAAGGUGGAUAUGUGGCGUAAAAAUGAUGUUGAGCGUAUAUUAGCCGAGCGUAACAUACUUAUAGCCGUUAGAAAUCCAUUUGUGGUCAAGUUUUUCUAUUCUUUUACCUGCAGAGAUAACCUGUACUUGGUUAUGGAAUAUCUCAAUGGUGGUGAUUUAUAUUCUCUUCUGAGAAAAGUUGGUUGCCUUGAGGAAGAUGUUGCCCGUGUAUAUAUUGCGGAAUUGGUUCUUGCUUUAGAGUAUCUCCACUCCCUUGGCAUUGUGCAUCGUGAUCUGAAGCCAGACAACAUAUUAAUUGCACAUGAUGGCCACAUCAAGCUUACAGACUUUGGGCUAUCAAAGAUUGGGCUUUUGAACAACACAAUUCAGUUGUCAGGACCCGGGACAACUGAAGGCAUAAUGUUAGAUCUUUUCGAUUCCCAUGAGCAGCAAACAGAAGACAAAAGCCAACAUUCUGCAGUCGGAACACCCGACUAUCUGGCCCCUGAAAUCCUUCUUGGAACGGAGCAUGGUUAUGCUUCAGAUUGGUGGUCGGUAGGAAUAAUCCUCUUUGAGCUUAUUACUGGAAUUCCACCUUUCACUGCUGACCAGCCUGAGAUGAUAUUUGACAACAUCCUCAACAGAAAGAUUCCAUGGCCUUCUGUUCCUGGUGACAUGUCUCGUGAUGCCCAAGACUUUAUCAACAGGUUGCUUAUCCAUAACCCAGAUCAACGUUUAGGAGCAAACGGCCCGUCCGAGGUUAAAUCGCAUCCCUUCUUCAGAGGUGUCGACUGGGACAACCUUGCUUUGCAAAAUGCUGCCUUUGUACCAGCCCCCGACAGUGCAGACGAUACAAGCUACUUCCUGUCUCGAUUCUCUCAACUGUCCAGUGGAAUACUGAAGAAUAACCACAGUAGUAGCCUCUCUGACGACGACUCAUGCAACUCAUCCUCAAACUCCAAAGCUGAGAUGGAUGACUGUGGGGACAUGGCUGAGUUCAACUCUUUGCCAAUAGACCUCUCCUUGAUAAACUUUUCGUUCAAGAACUUGUCACAGCUAGCUAGCAUUAACCAUGACGUGCUGUUGCAGACUGGAAGGGAUUCGUCGAAGAACUCUCCAUCCAGAGCUCCAGCUACAUAG